CUACCACUCAGGAGAGCAGCUGAAAGAAGAAAGGGGUGCCCAAACUCGGCCACACCGUCACAACCCUAGAAACGUGGAAGGGAGCUAAAUCAAAGGAACCUGUCAUGUUUGCCACAGCGGUGAGCCCCCAGAUGCCCUCCACUCCCAGCUGGCACAUCGAGCCCAAGUAUUCCACCCACGUGCUCACUGGGAACUGGGUGGAAGAAAGAAUGAAGUUCUCUAGAGCCACGGAGAAAACUCCCCAGAGCAUUUACAGAAAGGAGUAUGUCCCCUUUCCAGACCACAGACCGAAUGUAAUCUCCAGGUGGUACCCGAAAAGGAAAAUCGAGGGUCUCCCAUACAAACACUUGAUCACGCACCACCAGGAGCCAAUGGACCACUAUCUUAUCAGCACCUACGACGACCAUUACAACAGGCAUAACUAUAACCCUAGUCUGUCCCCACAGCGCACCUGGAAUCGACAAAAGUUGCUGUGGCUACCAGAGAAGACAGACCUUCCCCUUCUGGCUCCCCCUACCAACUAUGGACUGUGUGAGCAGCUCAAGCAGAGGUGUCAAGAACCCAAGGCUGGCCCCAGGGAGAGCACCUACACUUCAUCCUACCCCAGACCCCCGGUGUCUGCCAUGUCCUGCCGGGAGCAUGCCAUCCCAGUCCCUCCCCCUCGCCUACACCCUCUCCCACACUUCUGAGAGCCGGCACCCAACUCAGGCAGCACCAACUGGGGACCCAGCUCAUCGGACUCGACAAA